AAGUGUGUUGAAUUACAAACACUUCUUUUCCUGUUUUUUCUUUAUUUUUAAAUAUGAAGAUCAACAUGUAUAUUAUCCGCUGAAGUAAAACGAAAGUAGAAUGUGAAUUCGAAUGGAACAGAGUAAAUUGUGAAAAUGCUUUAGGGAAACAUAUAUGUAACUUUGUUUAAAUAUGCUGAAGAAGUAUGCAAUUGAAAGUUCUUACAGAAAUGAAAAAGAAGGUGAAAGACAAGAUUAUCAACGAUUCCAUAUGGGGCCCAAUAAAACUUCAUUCAAUAUGUAUAAAAAUAAUCGACACUCCCGAAUUCCAGCGGCUGAGAUACAUCAAGCAACUCGGUGGAUGUUCCUUUGUUUAUCCUGGAGCAUGUCAUACACGAUUUGAGCACUCGAUUGGGACAUCAUAUCUAUCUGGAAAACUCGUCCGGAUGCUGAGAGAGAAUUUGAAUACAGAGUACGACAUUGACAUAACAGACAGAGAUAUACUUUGUGUGGAGAUCGCAGGACUUUGUCAUGAUUUAGGUCAUGGAAUAUUUUCACAUGUCUUUGAGAAGGAUUUUAUACCGAGGAUUUCAAAAAGAAUAAAAGAAUAUAAUCAAAAGGAAAGAGAACAAAAGCAUGAUACUAAAGAAGUGGAGGACGAUAAACAGAGAAAAUGGAAGCACGAGCAUGCAUCUGUACAAAUGUUGGACCGUAUUUUUGAUAAUUUUGACGGUGACUAUCUGAAGAAAUUAAAGGAUAAUUUUAACCUCGAUCUCGGAGAGGGUUCAGAGGAAAGACAAUUUAUCAAAAGUUUAAUCAUUGGAAAAGGAGAUGGACUAUAUUCUGGCAGAGAAGAUAAGAAGCAUUUCCUCUACGAGAUCGUGGCAAACGACGAAAAUAGCAUUGACGUAGACAAAUGGGAUUAUUUCUCUAGAGAUUGUCACAUGCUGGGCCUGAAGCAUAACUUCCAGACGAUGCGAAGCAUUAUGCUUGCUCGGGUCAUUAAACAUGGCGAAGAAUUCCACGUUUCAUUCCCUAAAACAGAAUAUAUGAACAUCUUUGAUAUGUACCAUGCUCGCUAUACCCUGCACCGCCGAGCUUAUCAACAUCCGGUUACAAAAGCAGUAGAGAUAAUGGUAGCAGAUGCCCUUUGCCUUGCAAAUGAAAAACUGGUCUAUAGUGGUAAGAAUGGAACAACAGUGAAAUUGUCCGAGACAAUCAAUGAUAUGGAAGCAUAUAGUUUAGUGACAGAUGACAUCAUUCAUCAAAUUCGUCUUGAAAACAAUAAUGGUGAUGAUAAAAAAGACAUAAAUAAGGCUAAAAAGAUUAUCGACAGAAUAUUUCGACGAGAUCUUUACAAAUGUGUGGCAGAAAGAAAAAUAAGCAUAAAAGAAAAAAGAUCACAAAUAAAAAAUGAAGAUGAAACAUUUAUCCAAGACCUGUUGAGAAGAGACGAAAUUUAUCUUAAGAUGGUCUCCUUUGAUUUUGGAAGUGAAGCGAGAAACCCUAUGAAAAACGUUUACUUUUAUAAAGAUGAUAAGCCAGCGAUCAUGAGGGAUGAUGAGAUACCUGCCAUAUUACCCAAUGUCUUUCAGCAGAAAUAUCUGCGUUUGUAUUGGAAAUCAUCUCUUGCGAACAAUACAAUGGAUGUAGAUGGAGCUAUUGAGAGGUUUAAUGCUCUUAAAGAAAUUGAGUUCAACGGUGAAAUAGUUGCAUUUUGAGUUCUGUGAAAGUUUCUGAGAGAUAGUAUUCUAGCAAAAGAUUACUACAAAUAUUAUUAAUUUUGUUGGGAAAAAAUUAAAAACUAUCAAACUUUUUUCGAAAAAAAACCCAUGAAAGCUUGAUAAUACAGUAUGGUAUGGUAAUGCGUCUGUAUAAAGUUUCUCACCAUAUUAGAUUCCAUUGGAUAUUUUGCAUUGGUUUAUAUAUUAUAAUUAUUUUGUUGUUUUUCAUUGUACUCUAAUUUGAUAUAUUUUUCUUUAAAUUUGUCUUUCAUGAA